AUGGACUGGAGUUUAGAGGAGGCUUGGAAGCGGACAGAUGAUAUUAUUGAGAGUGUCCAGCAGCAACCCCCUCCACUGAGACCCACGUCUUGUGGGGAAAAAUCUCUUCAGGAAAAACUGUACGACAUUUAUGUGCAGGAGUGUGAAAAGGAGCCAGAAGCAGAGGGCCUUCGAAGCAAUGUCAACUUGCUAGAGAAGCUUAUGAAGAGAGAGCCAUUGCCAUGUUUAGUGGUCAGCCUGUACCCAGAAAACCAGGGCUAUUCUCUCAUGCUCAAGGAUAGAGAUGGAGUCCUUAUAGAGCCCUAUCCAGGGCCGUAUGUAGGACAGAAACUGCUUGAAUAUUUGGAUGCUGAAGAGUUACCUUCUUUUCUGAUUGAUAUCCUGGGAAAGUCUCCUGUGAAUGCUUUUCACGGUGGCUGUGUCAUAGCAGAAAUCCGAGACUACAGGCAGUGCGGUGACAUCUACCCUCCCGAGGAGCCUGCUGCAGAGGCUGCUGUGUCCUCUCCUGCUUGCCAAGUCCGGCAUAUUCUCUUACGUCCAACGAUGCAGUCUCUAGUAAGUGAUGUCGAGUCCAUAACAAGUGACAGCAGUCAGUGGACCCAGGAAGAAAAACAGGAGCUUGAGAGCCAACUGACCUCAGCUACAGCAGAGCCACUGUGUCUGGAUCCUUCUGUUGCUGUCACCUGCACGGCCAACAAAUUGCUGUUUAAUGAGCAGAAGAUAAUGACAGACUCCAUGAAAAAAUCCUUCAUGGGUCAUGAGUGGUCCUGUCUAGGCCUGGAGGAAGAAAAGCAUGGACGUACAUCUCCUCCUGAUGUUGCAACAAUGAUCGCUUGCAGAAAACGAGCAGAGAUCAAACCAGGUGACCCAUACGAUCUGAAGAUCCCUGAAGCAGGAAAGUGUGUAGAUACAUGGAAGCAGAAACCCUGUGAACUGGUGGCCCCUUCAGAGGUGGAUGUGCAGAAAUACGCUAAAGGGAAGCAGUCUGUGCCCCAUGGUGGUGACUCAGAAUCCACAGCCUGACCAGAUCCUGAGGUAACAUGUGGUUAUUUAUUUGAUUAUGAAAAGGGCUGUCAUCCAUGGGAAACAGAGCCAAGUGUGAUGCAGUCCCUUAGUGACCCAUUUUUUUCUUCUGAAAUAGGGUCACCGACAGAGGGCAUAUGUGAUAGUCAGAUGUUUCUUCCCCAAGUUGCCCUAAGUGGUUGUUUACUUGGUUCUAUUGCUGGGGGAAAGAUUGAGUCUGGGAAGGCAACGGAUGUGUGCCAAGGGUCUGCCCAGCUGCAGCGAUCCACUUACUCCAUCUGUCUUGGUCAGCCCUCCCAAGGGAUGAAGGCCAAUUCCCCAUCAGUGACAUCCCCAGUCUUAGAGACAAGAGUGAAGAGCCCAGCUCCACUGUUCACACUACCCUCCACCUCAGAUAAGGGCUCUUCAGCACCCAGUCCUACCUCAAUAGCAGUCAGAGGUAGGAAGCUUCUAAGACUUGCUCCUUCUCUCCAAUCAGCUAGUCUUCCUCAGCAAACUUUGUGGGGAAUGAGCAGUAUCAAUACCCUUGCUGCAGCUGUCCAGCCCUCUGCCAGCUCAUCAGAGAGCCAUCCAGUCACCCAGAGCCCCAGCAGUGGCACUGCCCAAAAUGUUACCAAUUUGUUUAGCCUAGCACAGGGAUCCCCUGGUUUGAAGAGAGGUUCACCGCAGGUGCAGAGCUUCCCCACUAGUGCCCCAGCAUUUGCAGAAACCUCUUCCAGAGACGUUCUGUCUCCUAGAGGUCAGAUGCCCAGUACCCAGACCAGCACACCACAGCACUCUGUGCAAUUAAUUCUAAAAGAGACUUCAGGCCCCAUAGCUGUCAGGCUUCCAUCUGGCACUGUCAUUUUUCGCCCAGAGUCACAAAUACAGCAGCCACAGCAAUGGUUGCAGCCACAGCAACCACACCAGCAGCCACAGUCACGGCCGUAUCCACAGCCAGAGCUGCAGCAGUCCCAGCAGCUCCAGCAGCUCCAGCAGCCCCCGCAGCCACGGCAGUACCAGCAGCCCGAGCAGCCUGAGCAGCCCCAGCCUUUGUAUGUGCUCAUUCCAAGACAGCAUCAAACACCUAGGGCUCGUACCCCUCCAGAGCCAGCACCACAAACUUACCACGGCAGCCAGGGAGCUAGCGUUCAGCAAUGGACAGUGCCAACUCAGCAAACUGCUCUCUUUAACCUUGCUGAGGCCAGGAGGGUUUGCCAACCUCAGACAACUGUAGUGUGCCAGGUGGGUUCUAGCCAAAGUCCUGGGCAGAUCCUUACUUCACAAAGUUUCCAGCAUCCUACUGCCCAGGUACAGCAGCUACAGGCUUGGGGCCAGAAUGUGCAGCUGAGAUUCCUGCCACAUACAGUGUCUAUGCCCAGAGCAGCCACUCAGCCUAGUCAUCAGGGCCACACAGGUGGCCAGCACAGACAUACAGAGAGUGGAGGUCCACCAACCACCCCAAAGUCUUAA